UUUAAAAUGUAUAUCCCAGUAAAGUAAUUUCCACACACCCACGGCAGUUGUUGGACAACUAAAUAAACUGACGUCAUCUCUCGUGGCCUCGCAGAUCUCGUUCAAAACGGUUGGCGGCGGUGUGAAGCAAUGUCUCCUUUCAAGUUUGUCAUUAAGUGUGGGAACUUUGCUGUGCUGGUGGAUCUCCAUGUUUUGCCCUCGGGGAGCCCAGAGUCCACCAGCUGGUUCACCGCAGAUCGAGUUGAGGAAGUGGCAUCUCUAGUUCGAGAUCCGGUGGACCUGAGGGUCAAGCAGUAUGCAGAGUUUCUGCACAACAUGCGACGGCCUAGACAGAAGAAGGAGUUGGCUCCAGCUUCAGCCUUUUCCCUGAAAGGGGAAAACUUCAACCUCGUGGCCAACUUCCUGAGGCGACACUCCAAUCUCAGAUGUGUUGUGGAGCAGGAUUUGCGUUUGUUUCCUGAGCGAUAUGUCGUGUGUGUGAGCUGCCCAGAAGAUGCCUCGGUGCACCAUGGAAACCCGAGCCCGGCCGCGACUGGGCUGAGUGAGCAAACCAGAUCAGAAUAUUUUUCCAGUGCGGGAGAAAUCCGAGCGCUUUUACACAGCCCGGGAAAAACAAAGCGGCCCGCGCUUCAAAAGAUAGCCAAACGAGCCUGUGUCCAGCAAGAGAUCUGCGGUUCCACGACUGAGAUGCAGCAGAUGGACCAGAGAGGCGUUCCCUUAAAUCGGGGACGGGAACAUAAAGCCGGGCAUUCAGAACCGAGACCGGAGGCCGUGCUCAACGCGCCCCUGGAGGCAAACCGUAAGCGGCCUGGCAGCGAUGCCCUGAUUGAGCCCGGGGCUCAGAUGGGGUCUCCUCAGAAGCAGAAGAAUGAGGCCCAGCAGGCCAGAAAGAGGAGCGAGCCCAGUGAUGCUACCGGCUUACAGCUGGCCAACAAAACGUGCCUUGGAAGCUCCUCGGCCCCCGUGCAAAUCCGCUCCACCUCGCAAACACCCGACCAUAACCUCCCUCCUCUGCUGCCACUUCCUGCAGUCGCAGCGGUGGCAGAGUCCAAGGCUCUCCCUGUCUCCGGGUGCAAGAAAACCACAGUGGAAGCAGAGCUGCUUACUCCAGGGAAACAGGCCCAGAGGCUCCUCCUCGCAAGCAAUAACACGGCGAAGACAAACCAAAACAGGCCGGCCGCAAGUCUGAGGGGCCUAUCUGUCAAGCCCGCAUCCUCGGCCUCCUCUAUUGGUUCCAGAUCCGCGCGCGCAGAGGAGGGGAGCGCGGCCGUGCCCAGAACCUCCAGACUACGACGAGCGAAGAGGUCCUGAGAGGGAGAGGAGGGCUGAAAGGAAAGAUCCCUGACGCCGCGGAGAUGGAGGCAUUAUCCCGCAGCUCCUGUGGUCUCCUCACACGACUUCUACUUGUUCAUCUUAACGUGUUGUUCCUGUGACCAACCCGAAAGUCACUGGAGCGUUGGAACCAGGCUGCACGUUUGAGCAGCGCCGGUCCAGAGAGUUCUGCGACGGGAGAGUCGACAAAAACCUUUUUUUUUUUUUUUUGUUGGAGACUGGAUUUGGGUUUUGUGCUAAAGAUCAGGGAUGUGAGACAGGCAGGAGCCACGCAGUGCGUCAUGGCUUUCAGUCUGAAACGCUGGCUCCUACGUGUCUGAAGAGUGUCCAGUAUCCGCGCUGAAGCUCUCGUGUGAUUGAUGGCAGUUUCCAGACUUAUUUCAUCACCCCAUUCUUAUUUUGUGUUGUUUUUUUUUUUU